AUGCCGCCAGCCUACUUCUUCCACCUCACAUUCGAGCUGUACCCCACUCGCUCUUCGCCCGAGACGAACACCUUUACCCCUCAAUCGCACACAAACAUCUUCGAAUCGGAGCUCCCACAACACCGCCGAGCGGACUGGGCAUUUCCUGCACCCGCCUCGCGCAUCCAUGACGCUCCGCUGAAGGCGAUCGCUUCCGGCAGCGACGCUGUCAAGCCGACUGCACCUCGCGACCGGCCUCCAGCUGCCCAUCGCUUCAGCCAACGCACGCGACCGUCCUUCUCAGACCACCACGACAGCCCUGUGCCAAUCGUCAAGCCUCCGAAAAGGCCGGUACACAGGCGCACACAGAGCUUUGCGCACAAAGACUGGCGCUUUGAUACCAUAACCAUCAUCAGCAUCGACAUGAACCCCACCACCACCGGUACCGAACUGGCUCGAGCGCAUGGCCAAUCUCUCAAGCACCCUUCACAUGCCCCAAACGUCGGCGGCCUGGCGACCAAGGGUAGAUUUAUACCCUCGGAGCCAAAGGACACAGAAGUAGGCUGGGGCGUCGUCCAUCUCUACCGUGAUGGCCAGGAGACGCCUGGCUUGUAUGAUGGACAUGCGGGAGAGGGCACCGAGUUCAACAGGGCGGAAUGCACUACGCUCUGUAUACUGGCGGUACCCUCGUACAUGACCCCGUCGGAUUUUCUGGGCUUCGUGGGAGAGCAGACAAGAGAGCAAGUGUCCCACUUUAGGCUCAUCAAGACAAGCCGAGCGAACAAGUAUAUGGUGCUGAUGAAGUUUCGGGAACCAUCACAGGCGAGUGAGUGGAGGAAGGAGUGGGAUGGCAAGGCGUUCAAUAGUAUGGAGCCUGAAUACUGUCAUGUCGUCUUCGUCAAGUCCAUCAGCUUUCUCAAUGCCGACUCGAAGCAUGACCCCACGUCGUAUCCAGACCUCACAAAUGACCCCUUUGCUCCCGCACUCACAAAGCAAAUCAGCGCACCGCCAGCAAAGGUCUCAUCACCAGUCGAAGGCCACUCUCUUGCAACGUCCCUCACUGCCAAGCCACAUGCGCCUCCAACGCCUGCACUGGUUGAGCUGCCCACUUGCCCCGUGUGUCUUGAGCGCAUGGACGAAUCUACCGGUCUCCUGACCAUACUCUGUCAACACGUUUUCCACUGCGCCUGUCUCGAGAAGUGGCGCGGCUCAGGCUGCCCAGUAUGUCGCUACACUCAAAACGAUGCCUUUGCCACCCAUCGCGGCGACGGUGAAGCUCCCGAAAACGAAUGUAGCAUCUGCGGCUCCACUCAGAACCUUUGGAUAUGUCUCAUUUGUGGCAACAUAGGUUGCGGACGCUACGACUCCGCACAUGCCUUUGCCCACUACGAAGCCACGUCUCAUACGUAUGCCAUGGACGUCGUCACCCAGCAUGUCUGGGACUAUGCGGGAGACGGCUACGUACAUCGCCUUAUCCAGAACAAAGCCGACGGCAAGCUCGUCGACAUGCCUGCCUCUACACAGCAAUCCUUUGCCGCUCCCGGUAUGACAGCCUACGCCAACGACACGGUCCCUCGCGAAAAACUGGACAACAUGGGCAUGGAGUACGCAUACCUCCUCACCUCGCAACUGGAAUCCCAGCGCGCCUACUUUGAAGAACAGGUUGAGCGCGCCGUCGACAAGGCUGCAAAAGCCGCAUCCUCUGCAGACGAAGCCUCGCGCUCUCUUGCCUCGUUUACCCAGAAAUUCGAAAGACUGCAGCUCCACUACACGGAAGCGAAAGCCCAGAUUGCCGCUCUGGAAAAGGAAUGUGCGCGCAACGCACAAAAGGCGACUUCGGCUUCUGAACUUGCGCGCAAGCUGACGAAGCAGUACAAAGAGGAACAAACGAUCAACGAGAGUUUGAUGGGGCGGAUCAGGCAUCUUGAGAAGAAGGCGGAGGAGGCGGACGGUAGGGUCAGUGAGUUGGAAGCGCAAAAGCUGGAUCUUGAGGAGCAGAAUCGCGACUUGAGUUUUUUUAUUAGUGGACAAGAGAAGUUGAAAGCGUUGCAGGACGAGGAGGGGAGUGGCUUGCAAGAAGGAGAAAUUGAGGGGGGAAGUCUGGAAGUUGGGGAGAGUACGGGGGCGAAGGGGAAGAAGAGGAGGGGAAUGAAGAAGGCGUGA